AUGCCGUUGAUUGAGAAAGCAAAUCGCAUUGCAUCUGUCUCGAUCAAGCAACUGCACAAAAAGGCUUUCGGAAGCGACAAAGGUACCAGCAAGCAAAAGGAUAAAAAUCGAGAGAACCGAUCCUCCUACUAUUCGGAUGCGGAUGAUUAUUGUGAAACGAACAGUCGCAGCCACGGAAAAGGGGAACCCAAAUCGCUACAUCGACGAGCCAAACAAUUUAUAGCCAGUGCGGCUAGAAAAGGUUCUAAAUCACAACUAAGCCAGAGCAGUCGAUCAGUGUCCACCGGAAAUCUGGCCCUGGAAGAAAUCGAUCAGCUAAAUGUUCCGUCGGAUGACGCAUCGGACGUAGAUGUGAACAGCAGUGUCUACGAUAGCACCUCUUUUGAGGAGAACGGUGCGAUGCUGUCCAGACCGAUACGUCUUCCUCGACAAACCUCUGUUCAAAAAUAUCCUCGUUCACGGACCUCAUCCACAUCUUCUCGACAAACAACCCAGGAUGAGUCGGCCUCAGUGUGCGGGUCGUUCCGUGAUUCGCGAUCGCGGAUGCGUAGUCGACAACCAAAAAUCCCGCAGAUUCAGAUCGAUGGCGUCUCUGUGUGUAGCGAUCUGGGCCAAUCUUUUGAUGAUUCGGAAAUGCCGGAUUCGGAGCACUGGAAUCAUCAUUCAGCCGGUCAAGUUGAAGUUCUGCCACGAGAGGGUUUCUUCUGGCAAAUUCUGCUGUACUUACGACUUGCUCGAGCCUUGCCGAUCCGCAAUCCAAGUGGAAAAAUUGACGCCUACGUAAAAGUUCGAUAUCGGGGUAAAACGUUUCUGCGCACACCGAUCAUCGCAAAUAACCGAAACCCGGUUUGGGAUGAGAAAUUUCUGUUCCCGAUCAAUAAUUUGAAUUACCCGUUAGAAUUGCGUGUAUGUCACCGGGAUGCGUUUAAAAAAGACGAAUAUAUUGGACGAGCAAUGGUGUAUCCGUCAACACUCGCAUUUGGCCAGGCCAGAGAAUUUACAGAGAAUUUACAUGACGAGACAGGACGAUCCGUACCACAGUAUUCCGGCGAACUGAAUUUCUGGAUGACUUUGAGUGAGAUUCCAGAGAUGCGUGUUCCCAGUGAUCGGAGGCGUGCCAUGCUGAAACAAAUUAAAGAAGAUCGUUUGCAUGCCAGUCGUAUGACUCCUGUAUCUCCUAUACUUUCUCGUUCAACAUUGGAUGUUGUACCAGUAUCUAAUCAAUACAUGCUACAUCAACAGUGGGUAGAGAGUACGAGAAAUUUGUCAUUGGAAUUAUCCCAUGAAGCCAUUUCCGAUUAUGGAAUCACGUCGAUGGACGAGUAUGAGCCAGGUGUCGAUGAAUGGUUGUUACCUAAUGCAGCCUCGUUCCACCAACCUCAGUGGCCUUUGGCUUUCUAUGAUGGAACGAAAUUGGAGUUCUACACGACCUCGGUGGGGAACAAGAAACAGUGUCGGAGCAUUUCGCAGUUGACCGCGUCCAAAUCCGGACGAUCUGAGGUGCGAUUGGAAAACUAUUACAAGCGAGCUCGUCUCUUGGUCAAUCUGAUUCGAGCUGAGGAACUCGGCUUCUCAAGUAGUCCUGCGCUGAAAGACGAUAGCAGUGCGAUUGUGACACGAAGUCCAAGCACAAAGAGCAAAUUGAUUACCAGUCGUGGCAUGGAACGAGCGGUUUUGGGACGUCCGAUUGUCCAUACAGAUGAAACCGUACCUGCAUAUGUGGCGACUUUAUCGAUCGGUAAAUCUUCCCAUAAGAGUCGGACUGUUCGCAGUUUUUCCUCUCCGUGUUGGCAUCAACAAUUUGAAUUCCGAUUACGAUUGGGCGAGAAAACGGUGCUUAGUUUGGAAAUCACCGAUCACGCAGUGGCUGUUCCCAUGAUCCUCUUUCGCGGGCAUUUAGAUUUUGAACGUCACCUACCUGAUUGGACAGGAUGUUUUACCCUAAAGAACAACUUGGAAGGCUUUCGGGGGCACGUGGUUUUGCUGGUCACCUUGACCGGAUUGACUUCCAUUCCAACCAGUGUAGGUGGUUGCAAUUCACCCAGCCAGGAUGCAAACGGGGCCGAUCGUUCCUCCUCGGAAUAUGCGCCGUCUGAAACAGUACCGAUCUCACCGAAGUUGAAUUUACCGUCUAAAGAAUUGCUCAGUAUGGUCGAAUCGCAUUACCUUGCCAAUCGCCGUUGCAAAUGGUAUGCACUGAAGGAUAAGAAACUGAGGAAACGUGCGAAGGGAGCUGUUCUUUUGGAAUCAUAUUUGGAAUACAAUCCAGUAAGUGCAUUUUUUUACUGUAUGGUAUAA